CUACGCACCACGACAUGAGUGGAGCAUGUGGGUGCUCGCUGAAAAGUGAUACUUUGGUGUUAAUCCCUAAAAGGCUACAAAGUAGCCUUUCGUCAAGGCGAUGACAUGUUCGUGAUCAAGAAAGACGCAGCGAAGCAAAGGUGGCCUCCGACUCCCCCCUGACGUCGGUGCCUACCCGGGCCAGCUCCGGACCGGGCGGGGCGGCCCCGGCGGGCGCCGCGGUGGCGGGCGGCGGCGGCAUGAAGUCGAGCCUGGUCUUCCGGGACCAGGUGGCGGCCAUGGGCUCGUGGUUCGAGCUGUGGAACCCGUGCGAGCAGACGGUGGGCCUGUACUCGCUGCUGCGCCGGCUGGGCCCGACCCAGGCGCGCUUCCUGGCGCUGGUGCUUGACCGGUCGCUGGCCGACUGUGCCGAGCUGCGCCAGCGUGAGCGCCACGCGAACGACCCGGCCUACAUCGAGCGGCUCGCGCAUGAGCCGCGCGACCAGGCUCUGGGCCAACUGCUCGGCCUGCUGCCCUUGCUCGCACCGGGAAACCAGGCAGCCAAGGCGGCCUACCUCAGCCUCAUACCGCAGGUGCUGGCACACGCCUUGGACUGCCGACCACUGGUGGAGGGUGCCCGCCAGCUGCUGUCCUACUCGCUCAUCCACCCCGCCAUCAACUCACGGGACGACCGCCGCCUUCUCACCCUCUGGCUCAGGCACCUCGAGGAGCGCAUCUCCUCCUCCAGGUACCAAGAACACGGAGGCGGCGGUGCCGAGUCCCUCAACGGCACAGCUGGCCUGGAUGAUGGAGGAGGCAGCCUGGCCUCUGGGCGGCCUCCGACCGGCGGUCUCGACUCGUGGGCGGCCGUCGAUGGCCUCGGCUCUCUCAACGGCCACAACCACCAUCACCAUCACCACCACUACGGGGGCGGUGACCUGAAUGGAUUUGGGCUGGCACCGCUGGGCACUGCGGGCGGCUCCUUGCCUCCUGGUCUUGACUCCAGUCACAUGGCACUGCACCCGAGCAACAUGUCCACUUACGCGCCUGCUGGCCAGUCGCUCUCCCAGCCAAUGCUCAAGCGCAGCAGCAGCCUGACACCACCAUGCUCCACCACGUCCCUGCACCAGCAGCUGCCACAGGCACAGCAGGGCUUUGGGCCAGGGCGACUGCUCGGAUCUCACACCACCUCGGUGGACUGGCGGUGCGGGCCGCCCCCUGGCCCUCCACACGAAGCGGAAACAAUCGGCCCACCCCUGUCCCCCCAGAGCAGCGGGGCGUCCUCGGGUUCCGAGGGCCACGGAACUGAGGACCUGGGCCAGCUAGGUUUCAACCUCGAUGGCUCUGGCAUGAAGGGCAAGUGCCUUUGCGAUGUGCCCAGCUGGCUGAAGAGCCUCCGAUUGCACAAGUAUGCCUACCUGUUCGCCAGCAUGAGCUACGAGGAGAUGAUGAACCUCACGGAGGAGAAACUGGAGGCCCAGAGUGUGACUAAAGGAGCACGUCACAAGAUUGUGCUUAGCAUUCGGAAGCUGAAAGAGCGCCCGGCCACGUUGCGUCAGCUGGAGAAGAGCCUCCAAGAAGAAGGCGACAUCCGCACAGCCCUGGCCGAGCUCCGUGCCAUGCUCCAGACCCCCAUGAAGGCCUCGAGUCGCGCGGAGGACGGUCAAGACGGUGGAGGGCCACUUCACCGGGCGGCCUCGCCCGGCUCGUCAACUUCUGCUGUGACGCGUCUUUGCGGCAACGGCGACGACGUUGGCGGUGGAGGUGCCCUGUCCUCCGCGGCGGAGGAAGAAGGAGCAAGGUCGAAGGAUGAAGACAGCCCUCCAUCUUCGCUGGACUCGGCCUGCGGUGGGCCCAGUCCGGCGCACAGUCCCAGCAAAGGCAGCGUCGCUGCUCCGGCGACGGACGUUUCCAGCGAGGAGGAUGAAGACCUGCCGGGUCUCUUCACUAGGGUGGUGGGAAAAGUGUGCAGCAGUCUGCUGGUGAGCGUGCGCGCCGAGGACCAGAGCGUCAGUCAGUUUGUGACCCUGGUGGACAAGUGCCUGGCGCACGAGGCGUUCAGCCCCGCCCAGAAGCGGCGCCUCUUCUCCUGGCGGCAGCAGGUGCACAAGGCCUGGCACCCCGUGCCACCUCGGCGGUCGAUCGACGCCCGCCACCACCACGUCUCCGCGGCGACGCCCGUCGCCCAGGGGCCUCGGUUGCCCCCAGCUGGUCGCUGGUGCGCUGUGGGCUCCUCAGUGCUUCCCCCCCUGGCGGGGGGUUCAGACUUUGGCCGGCUGGCCGGCCCCAGUGGACCCCCAGUGGCCCCUCCGCUUGGGCGACCUCCCGCUGUGUUUUUCGGUGGCGGGGGCUCUGUCGACUGCCCCGGUGGCAGCAACGGCGGUGGACCCCUGGGGGGACCCCUCGCCAUGGUCAUCAAGAGGCCCAGCCUGCAGGAGCACCUGAACAAGCCGCACGUGCAGAUCCAGAGGACUCACUCUGCUCCCGUGCGACCAAAUCCAGUGGUCGCUUCGCUGUACAAGCAGGCUACAACUAACAAUGGGCGUAUGCAAGCCGACACAUCGGCAAACGACCCGGAGCUCAACAACCGGCUGGAGUCCCUCUGUCUCAGUGUCACCGAGCACGCCCUCGGAGGUUCUGAUGGCAUGCCUCCAUUCUAGGCACCACUGUUUGCCACCUGUGCUGGAAACAUGGCGGGAACGAUUGUCUGUCAUCGUGCCAACCUGUGGCCUCAUCAAGCUUCUCGCUCCCCCCACCUUACUUUCUUUCUCGUUAGUGCACAACCUUCUGUGAAGACCGUCUUUCAUAUUUCUCUUCUCCUCUUUCUCUGCAUCGCCUCUUGUCACCCGUAUCGCAACCAAAGUUCUUUGUUGACAUUGCCGGCACGACAGGCUUCCUGUUGAUGCCACUGCUGGUUGUCUGCUUUUUUUUUUCCUCUCUAAAUCAUCACCUGCCUAUUGCUCUUUAGUGUUUACGACGCUGUUCUUAUGAAAUGGUGACUUUUAUCAUGAGACAACUGGCACGUGCGAGUGUGUGUGUUUGUGGGCACGCCAUUUUCUUACCCUGCCAUGAUUUUCUUCGUUGUUGCCCCUUGUUCAGUUGAUCCUUUCUUUUUAUUUUGUUGACGGCACCUAGGUCCUAUCCCUUAUAUUUGUUUGUUUUUUACUGGCACCUCUGGCUGUUGUAUCGUGUAUCCACACAACGGAGUGAAUAUUUGUUUUCCAUGCUAGACAUCGCAUCACCUGACUCCACGUCACGGAUUGCCGUUGGCAACGUCUCGUCCACGGUGCGCACAGACGAGAAAUGCCAAGCCAUUUCUCGCAUCCGUAUUCUGCCAGUCAAACGAAGUUAACCUAACCUAGAAUGCUUUCUUUGUCUGCCAAUAAGCAGUGUCCUUUUACCAACAAAAGCGUUUUAGAGGAAAGAAGUACCUGCAAAAUUUAAAAAGUAAGAAAGCCGCCAUCACCGCCAACCCAGAGUUUCAGUUACCGAAAUUUAGGUUGUGGUGCCAUCUAUACAAAGGAUAAAUAUUCGUUAUGUACGGCCUGUGAGAUCGAGCUGGGCAUGCUGCCAAAUCUUGGAGGCCACGUACAGCUAGUGCAGCCUCCGUUGUUAGGCCUAAGGCAUUGAAAUUGAAAAGUGGAUCUCGGAAACAGCGCCGAAUGGUCAGGAAUACUUUGCUGUCUGACGUCGCGACACAAAUUUAAAGCAAAUACGAGCAUCGGUUGGGAACUAACGGGCCCAAACAGUGCACCGCAACAACAGAUGUGAAGGGGACAGCAGAGCCAGUUUCAGGCGCUGUUAUUUUCUUGUCUCGUCCGUCAUCUGGAUGCUCUUCGCAGCCGGACGGGCUUCGAAAUCGUUGUCUGUAGAACAGUUGUUUGCGGAGUCGUUCGCCGUGUGGAUACACCAUUACGGGCAGUUCAGCGAUGACAAGCUCCUUCUGGCCAUCUGAACUGGCCGAACGUGAAUCGAAGGCUCUGGCUUUCAACUGUGACGUUGGAGACUUAGCCUGCCUCCCUUUUUGAUCCCGAGUGUGAAUGCUACCUGUCGCUCCCUCGAUUCUUUGCCGAUUGCGCCUUGUUGCAUCGUCACCGCAAUUUGGGCGCAUCACCUUUGAGAUGUGUGAACCCGCAGUUUUAUGUGCCUUAGUCUCUGAUCAGUUGAUCACUGCUGCGUGCGCGCGUGCGUGUGUGUGUGUGGGAGAGGGGCUCUCUCCGAAGUGCAUGUGGUUGUGGGCAGUCUUCCAAGCUGACUUUUUUUUUUAAGUCCUCACCCCUUCUGUUUGCAUAUCUGUUUCGAUAAAGCCACUUGCCUUAUGUUAUUGUUUGCGAGUGAGCGCGUAAAGAGGAAAUGAACUUGUCACUCGCAUUUCUUUUUAAGUGCCUUCCCCUGUGGUGCACAUUUUUAUGUUCGGUUUUUAGCGAUGUCUCCAGAGCUGACAGGUUGGUUGGAAUAGCGGCGCCAAACUAGAAUUGUUAAGAACCAACCACGCAUUGGCCAGUCGAGGUAAAACUGUGCAGUUCGAUGUGCUGCGGGGACAUAGACUGUUGUGCUAAGCUAAAGCGUCGGCUUGGACUCUGCAGUAGUCCUGUGUCUUCGUUCGUGUGCCGGUGAAACCUAAAAUAAUGACCUGCAGCAUUUCUCGUGUUCAACCUAUGUCUGGAAGCAAGGCUUUCUUGAAAAAACCUUCUAUUAGGUUUCAUGUGAAAUACAAGCGCAUGAAUGCAUGUACGUGUGUGCACGUGUCCAUGUCACGGACACUUUGGGCAAGCAUGCGGAACAAUAUCCAAGUGGCAGGACGGCACACACAGCCUCUGCCUUCUGGUAAAGAAAUGCCACCUCUGGUUCUAAUAGAGUCUUGGCAUUUCGUAUCGUUGCCUGCGCCCCGUUUUAAUUCUUUUUUUCUCUUUCCCGUAGAGCGUGCGAAGCACAGCGCACUCAUUCAGAGUCGCCAAAUCGAUUCUGCCGCAUAUUUUGCGCGGUCAAGUUUUCUUUGUAUCGUGUGUGCUUCUGUUUGCACCCCGCAACAUGGGGGGGGAGGGCUAGGACUGUGUAUGUAUACAUACAUAUAUAUAUAAAUAUUAUAUAUAUUAUAAAUAUAACAUAUACAGUGACUGUACAUAACUGUGGCCAGGUGCCAUACACUAGUAGGUAAGACACUUCCGAGAGGCAGAAAUGGCCGAAGAAUCGCGUGUCGAUGCCUUUCUUGCCGUCCCUCCCGCGAGCUCCCGUCACUGGUCAGGCGCGAGAGCGCCGGUUUGCGCAAGCGAAAGGAAGCAUUUAAGAGGGCUGCAGUAUUUGAAUGCUCCAACGUAGCUGUUGAUGCUAAGCCGACGUAAGCCCCACACCGGGCCAAUGUCGGGCCAUGCUGCCCAGGUAGGCCUUAUGUUGGGCUUACACUGGUGGCACACAUUGUGCUACUUGAGCCUUGCAGAGGUUUUCUUCUUUCGCCUCCCCCGGAUUGUAUUACUUCUUGUUUUUCUCUCUCUCCCCGACUGCCCUCUCUUUGAAAGAGAGUGAGAGAGAGAGUGCUUGUUUCAUUAUCUCCUACCCUCCUCCCUUGCUUUAUUUUUUUUCGCGCAACGCUGCAGGACCGGCGUUGCGCGAGCCACAAGGUACUCACGACGAAGAGCGUCUGCUUCUUGAAAAGAAUUGAGAACAACCUCCUGUGCAUUUUGUGACGAGUCGGGGCCAUCCGGCGCAGUCGGCUGCUGCUUAGAAGGGUCCGGGAGUGAACCGGACGUGGUGGUCACGUUGAUGCGAGAGAGUUUUUGGAAGUAGCAGAGACUUGGCAUGCCCGGGUGCGGCCGACAAGGCCCGUGCAUUCUAUGAACCCAAACUAGCCCCGAGUCAUUCCGUUAUACUGCAGAUAGCAUAAAUUGACCAAUGUUGAUAUUGUUUUUUUUUUCCUUCUACAACGGAUUUUAUUGGAACAGUUGUCAAAAUCCACCAACAGGGAUCAUGAAUCUGCUGUGAAAAAUUGCAGCAAUAAAGACUUAAAGUACCUUAAAGGCCUGCAAAGAGUACCUUAAAGGCCUGCAAAUAUACAUUUGAGAAAGGCAGAUGCAAAAUGCUCGUUUUGCAUGGAUAGCAGCAUCGUUAUUGAAUAUGUUUUAAAAUAACAUCCAUGCUUACAAAUUAUGCUGUUAGGAGUUGCAUGGACAGUCAUCAAACGUAUUGUCACAAAUAUAUCAAAAGGGCACUGUAGUUCACUUUUCAUUUAUUUAAUGUAACGCACAAGAACAGCCAGAAUCUGCCAAGUAUUUGUGAGUGCACAAUAAGCACGGACAAAAUUUCAUGUGAAAUUCAGGCAAACAAAUUGCACUGUGCUAAGGGAUCAGUCCUCCCUCUUAAUAAGUCAAAAGUUUGCCGUAUAUUAGUGGAAACUCCCAUGAGAUGGAAAUGCAGACGCUAAGUUCGCUAUUUUCACUAUUUCUAAAACUUCCUGUGCGCCUCCAAAACUCUGCAGGCAUCAUCGGUCAGGACAUGCAAUGAACAUCUGUCAGAAAGAGAAAAAUACAUUUGUGUUCUAGACACUGCUCAAGUGUAUCUGCUUUUUUGUUUUCGUUCUUUUACCGCAAAUUUUAGUGAGAUAUCUGUAAAUAUGAAAGUUUUAGUAAUUCUCUCAUAGUCUGUUGUUUGGACUGCCAGUAGUGUACCUUACAUAUUGCUGUAAACAGUGUUUCCCCCAUAAGACGUGAUCACUUCGGUCCAAAAUUAAGCGUCUAAUUUAAAUAAGUUCAAUUGCAAGCAGGUCAGUUCAACAGUGUGAACGCAGCCCGUGGUGUGUUUAACUUCUAAGGGGUUUUAGAGAAUGGCAAGUGCGAGCGACAAGGAUAUGCAAAGGGGACCUUGUUUUCUCAAAAAGUAUUGCCAGUCGAACUGAGCAUGUGCAAAACCCAAUGAUGACUGCGGGUAUUUUACGUGCAUCUGGAUAGCAUUCAAUAAUGGUGGGUCUGCCGUUUCUGAAAACUCCCUAAUAUUGUAUGUGUGGUGUAUCGCAGUGGCGAUUCCGGUGCAUACUACGAAGGCCAUGUGAUUUCUAAAAAAAAAAAAAAGAAACAAUAAUUGCACUUGCUGCUCCGAGAAUGGCUUUCCCUUUCACAGGCAUUUCGGAGGCUGAUGUGCGAUGCUGCUAGAGAGUUUUAGUGAAUGGCGGAUACAAAUGGCUAGGAAACGCAAGGGGGACUAUGUCAUUCUGGAAUUGCAAUGGCACUGCGCAUGUGCAAAACCCAAAGCUGGCUCGGAUUAACAUGUGUGCAUUGCACGUAGCAUCCGUUCACAUUGGGUCUGCUGCUCCCAAAAGCUUUCUUAUUUCAGAUACGUGGCGCAUCAGAGUGGCAAUCUAUUCCGGCGCACAAUACAAAGAUGUUAGCAGCAUGAAAAUUCUUAAAGAAAAAAAGCCUGCUGUCCCAGAUCAAGCUUCUUUUGCACGUCUUAGAGGCUAGUGUGCGGUGCGACAGGAAUGCUCCAUUGUCUUUUGAUGUUGGACUUGAGUGUAUCAAACAUGGACUGGCGCCGAGGACGGCACCCCUCGUUACGUAGCCGGCAGAGGUGGCACCGAGUAAGCUGACAACGUGCCUCAGAUGUGUCGUUGAACGCUCAAAACCUGUACGUCUGUCAAGAGAUGGUUGUGGAAGCCUUCCUCUGUGUGCACGUGUGACGAGGAAGCAGCGUGCAACUGAUGUGACUUGCACUUGCGUGUUGCUUGCACUUCUGUCAAGAGAGAUGAUUUACGAAUAAAGUUUAUGACAUCAUUGCAA